UCGCCACUCUCCCCCUGCAGUUGGGGCCGGGCGCCUGGGUUCCCAGGGCCCCGCCCACGGGGGCGGGGACAGUCGCCAGGGCCAAUGGCAGCUCGCCUCCCAGGCCCCGCCCGCCCCGCCCCCUAAGCCGCGGCCUCUGAGUGCCCAACAGCCCGGCGCCCUGGCCUGGGGCAGCGCGAGCGCCGAACCUGCGGCUGGACACCAAGAUGCCUGGCGAACAGCAGACAGAGGAGGAGGAGGAGGAAGAGAUGCAAGAGGAGAUGGUGCUGCUGGUGAAGGGUGAGGAAGAUGAGGGUGAGGAGAAAUAUGAGGUAGUGAAACUCAAGAUCCCCAUGGACAGCAAGGAGGUCCCGAGCGAGGCGCCAGCGCAGUCGGCCGACCCGGCGCGCCCACACGCGUGCCCGGACUGCGGCCGCGCCUUCGCGCGCCGCUCCACGCUGGCCAAGCACGCACGCACGCACACGGGCGAGCGGCCCUUCGCGUGCACCGAGUGCGGCCGGCGCUUCUCGCAGAAGUCAGCGCUGACCAAACACGGCCGCACGCACACGGGCGAGCGGCCCUACGAGUGCCCCGAGUGCGACAAGCGCUUCUCGGCCGCCUCGAACCUGCGGCAACACCGGCGGCGCCACACUGGCGAGAAGCCGUACGCAUGCGCGCACUGCGGGCGCCGCUUCGCGCAGAGCUCCAACUACGCACAGCACCUGCGCGUGCACACGGGCGAGAAGCCGUACGCGUGCCCGGACUGCGGACGCGCCUUCGGCGGCAGUUCGUGCCUGGCGCGCCACCGACGCACGCACACGGGCGAGCGGCCGUACGCAUGCGCCGACUGCGGCACGCGCUUCGCUCAGAGCUCGGCGCUGGCCAAGCACCGGCGUGUGCACACGGGCGAGAAGCCUCACCGCUGCGCCGUGUGCGGCCGGCGCUUCGGCCACCGCUCCAACCUGGCGGAGCAUGCGCGCACGCACACGGGCGAGCGACCCUAUCCGUGCGCCGAGUGCGGCCGGCGCUUCCGCCUCAGCUCGCACUUCAUCCGUCACCGUCGCGCACAUAUGCGGCGCCGUCUCUAUAUCUGUGCAGGCUGUGGCCGGGACUUCAAGCUCCCCGCUGGCGCCACGGCGGCCACUGCCACCGAGCGCUGCCCAGAGUGUGAGGGCAGCUGAGCCGCCUUUUUUGUCGCCACGUGGCUGCGAGGUGUCUGCGGAGACCCAGACUUGGGGUUGCGCAGCCUGGACGGUUCUGGGAUAGGGUGGGGUGGCAGGCUGGGUUGGAGCAGGGAGGCUCCCCUAACGGGGCCCCAGCAAACCUCACCCCCAACUGCAGCCUCACGGCCCGUGUUAGUGAAUAAAGUAUAAUUAUAUCCUCA